CGAAAAAUUUGUUACGGGACUUCUUCGAUUUCUGGAAUCGUUUCGCGUCGUUUAGGUUUUCCUGGAAUCUGUCUCUUGAGCUUUGUUUUUUCUUGGAAAAUGUACAAAGUCUGCGUUUCGUUUUUUUUUCUGUGCGAUUAUCAUCGUUCCUCAUCACUUUCAUCGAACAGAACUAUGUACUCUGUUUGCAUUUUCUGGCGAUUAGGUUUGUUGUGAGAUUGAUGAUCCUCGUCAGUUUCAUGGUACAGGUUUCUUGUGCGAUUUGAUUCUAAACUCUCGUCAGUCAAUCGAAGCCACCAUGGGUAAAGAUCGAGAAUUAGCGACGCAGGAAAAGGUACUGGUUUCAAAAAUCAUAGAAGAGGACGCGGACCUCUGUUUGGAGCUUCAGUUGCAGGAAGCGAUCACUGCUUCUGCCCUGGAAUCUACUGCCGGAGGUUGUGAGGCUGACGAAACUAACUACAAGGUGGAUCGCCUCGGAUAUGAUCUUAGCCUUACACGUCUCGCUCAAGAAAGUGAAGAUCGACUGCUAGCUCAGAAGUUGGUGAACGAUGGCAAGAAAGAUCUUGAUCUCUUGUUGAGCGACAAGAAGUUGGUGCACGGGAUGAUGCAAGGUGGUGAUAAACCUUCGAAAAAGAAAGGUCACGAGAAAGCUAAGACCAUGCCAGUCUACUCAAGCAGUAUUCAUGAGACCUUCCGUUUGUACUCCAAGGGGCUGGUCAGUGAAGGUCAUCUUAAAGAUGAGACGAGGCUGUUCGGUGGCUUUGGUGCAUCCAUAUGCGACUCUUACGAUCACCCACUAGUGGAGAUGAAGAAAGCUCUCGGUGAUGAACUGUUGGCACUCCCUGAAGCUGUGGAAUUGACUGCUAUUAUUCAUGUCUUGGGAUGGUCAUUAGAUCUCGACUUGAGGAGGGUCACUCUUUACUGUGACGACUCCAACAUCUUGGCAUACGUUACAGGCAAAACUCAAUCUGAAGACUCCACCAUCGCCAAACUCGUCGAGGAAGUCACUUCUCUGCAGUCUCGGUUCUUGUCUUUCAAAGCUCUUCCUGUGCGGAGGGAUAUCAUCAGUCUCGUUAAGCUUGCAAAAGAUGCUAUCACCUCGCAAACGAGAUGGAUUGAGGACGGCGUCGAGUGGGAGACUUGCCCCAUUUGCUACGAUUACUCGCAGCCUCAAGAGAUGUAUGAAGUACCGACCUGUUUCCACAGAGUCUGCAUGGUUUGUAUGAGAAAACAGGUCACCGGAUUGCUGCACAACUGGAAAGGGACGCAAUGCCCAUGUUGCAUGACAGAGAUUCGGAUAGAGGACUGCAAGCCCAUCGCAGAUCCGGCGCAAGUCAACCUGAUGAUAGAGCGCAAGAGAGAAGAUAUGAUCAACAUUGCUGACAGAGUCUACUGUCCAAACCCGAGUUGUUCCUUUCUAAUGUCAAAGCGUCCCCUCCUUAUGGAGACAAGGAGGGUGUUCCUCGAUGCUGCAGAGUCAGGUGCUCGAAAGUGUAUGGAGUGUGGGUUUUGUUUUUGCAUUAACUGCGCAACAAAGUGGCACUACGAUCUGACAUGUCUUCAGUUCAGAAAAACCAAAGCAUACAAAAACUCUGAUCGAUCAGAUUUUGAAGCAGCAGCUGAGAGAUACGGUUGGAAGACUUGCAGUGUUUGUCAAACUACGGUUGAACUAGCAGAAGGUUGUAAGCACAUGACGUGCAGUAGUGUAAACAUGAGUUCUGUUACACCUGCGGAUCAGAAUGGAUAA